CCCGGCUCCGACGGCCGCGGGUGGCGCUGCCUCCCUCCCACCCCCCACCAUUCCCUUCCUCCUCCCUCGCCCUCGCCAUCUUGAUCUUGACCAUUUCCAUCUUAUCUCUACCACCCCCAUUCCCACGCCCAACCUCGCCGAUCCACCCGCGCGUACGUACGUCCCAAACACGAGAUCGAUCGAUCGGCCGGCGGCCACCCAUGGAGCCCGACGACGAGGCGCUCAAGGAGCUGGCCGCCGCAUCCUCGCGCCCGCCGCAGCGGCGGGGCAUCUCCUACAGCCAGCCGCUCUCCCGCGGGGACGCCGCGUCCGCGCGCCGCGCCGCGCUGCGCAACCACAGCCUCGACGACGAGCACAUCCUCCCGGCCUCCCACUCCCUCUCCUACACCCACCACGACCCCUCCGCCGGCGUCCCCUCCGCCGCCGCCGGCACCGGCGGCGGCGGCAGCGGCUACCACCCGCCGCUCCCGCCCCAGCAAAUGCAGCACCACCACCACCCCAGCGCGUCCUACUCCUCCGGCCCCAGCUCCCGCCGCUCCGUCGGCGGCGCCAGCGACGGCUCCAUGACGCUCGAGCGCGCCAUGUCCGAGUACGGCGGCGGCCACGGCACCCUCCCGGAGUUCGUCGGCGCGGGCGGCGGCAAGGGCAUCUUCCGCGUGCCGCUCCGCGCCGCCAUGCACCCGCUCCGCCCGCCCCCGCUCGAGGUGCGGCCCCACCCGCUCCGGGAGACGCAGGCGGGGUCAUUCCUCCGCACGCUCGCCGCCGAGCCCCAGCGCCGGCAGCUCUGGGCCGGGGCCGAGUCCGGGAUCAGGGUGUGGGCGCUCGACGAGGUCUUCGCGGGGUGGGGCGCCGGCGCGCGCCGCGGGGACGAGGAGAGCGCGCCGUUCCGCGAGGGCGUGCCGGCCCCGCCCGCGCUCUGCGUCGCCAUGGACAGGGCCAACGGCCUGCUCUGGACGGGCCACAAGGACGGGAGGAUCCGCUCCUGGCGCAUGGACCUCGACACCGCCGCCACGGCGCCCGCGCCUCCGCCGCCUGGUUCGGGCGAGAGCGUUGGGGGAAGCAGCCACGGCGGAUCCAACAGCGCGCCCGUCUUCAGGGAAGCCCUCACGUGGCAGGCCUACGGACGGACGCCAGUGCUCUCCAUGGCCGUCACCUCAUACGGUGAGAUAUGGUCGGGCUCGGAGGGUGGAGUCAUCAAGGCGUGGCCAUACGACGCCAUUGCCAAGUCCCUCUCGCUCUCGCCGGAAGAGAGGCACAUGGCUGCUUUGUUGGUCGAGAGAGCAUACAUUGACCUCAGGAACCAUUGCACUGUUGGCAAUGUGUGCUCUCUCCCGGCAUCUGAUGUGAAAUACAUCCUCGCCGAUCAUUCUCGGUCCAAAGUUUGGACCGUCACCAGCAUGACAUUUGCUCUCUGGGAUGCUCGUACAAGGGAGCUUCUCAAAGUGUUCGGAAUGGAUGGCCAGGUUGAGUCAGCUCGCCUAGAGACACCGGUCAUGCCAGAGCAGCCCAUGGAGGAAGUAGAGGUCAAAGUGAAACCAUCGAAGAAGGAUAAGUCCCAGGGUGGUUCCUUAAACUUCUUCCAGAAAUCUAGGAAUGCCUUAAUGGGAGCAGCCGACGCGGUGCGCAGGGUCGCAACAAAGGGGACAUUUGUCGAAGAUAACCGGAGAACGGGGGCAGUGGCUCAGGCAGAUGAUGGGGCAAUUUGGUCAGGAUGCACAAACGGUUCCAUUAUCCAGUGGGACGGAAACGGGAACCGUAUGCAGGAAUUCCAGCAUCAUACUUCUUCUGUGCAGUGUAUAAAGGCGCUAGGAGAUCGGGUGUGGGUGGGCUAUGCAAGUGGUACUGUUCAAGUCAUGGAUGUCGAAGGUAACCUUCUUGCAGGAUGGACAGGACAUAGCUGUCCAGUCAUAAGGAUGGCGCUCGGUGGUUCUUACAUCUACACGCUGGCGCAUCAUGGCGGUAUCCGGGGAUGGCCGCUCACUUCCCCUGGACCCCUUGAUGAUGUUUUGCGAACUGAAUUGGCUAACAGAGAAUUGUCAUACACUAGAAUGGAAAAGAUAAACAUAAUGGUUGGAAGUUGGAAUGUUGCACAGGGAAAAGCAACUGCUGAGGCGCUUAGGUUAUGGUUGGGUAGUGUAUCAUCUGAUGUUGGUUUAGUUGUAGUUGGAUUGCAAGAGGUUGAGAUGGGUGCAGGGUUUCUUGCAAUUUCUGCGGCCAAAGAAACUGUAGGACUUGAGGGAAGUGCCAACGGUCAAUGGUGGAUAGACAAUAUAGGCAAAGCACUUGAUGAGGGGACAUCAUUCCACCGAGUUGGUUCUAGGCAGUUGGCUGCAUUGCUUAUUGCUGCAUGGGUAAGAAAGAGUCUUAAGCCAUAUGUUGGUGAUGUUGAGGCUGCAGCAGUUCCAUGUGGUCUUGGACGCGCUAUCGGCAAUAAGGGUGGUGUAGGGCUAAGAAUAAGAGUUUAUGAUCGUAAAAUGUGUUUUGUGAGCAAUCAUUUUGCUGCACAUCUGGAAGCUGUUAACAGGCGCAAUGCUGAUUUUGAUCAUAUUUACCGGACAAUGGCUUUCAAUAAACCUCAUGGGUCCACAGGGUCUGCUACAUCUGUCCAAUUGCACAGAACAGUGAAUGUUAACGGAAAUCAGGUUGAUGAGGUCAGGCCUGACUUGGCUGAUGCUGAUAUGGUUGUCUUUCUUGGUGAUUUCAACUACCGGCUUUAUGGUAUCUCAUAUGAUGAAGCAAGAGACAUGGUUUCCCAAAGAAGCUUCGAUUGGCUUAGAGAGAAGGAUCAGCUUCGAGCAGAAAUGAAAGCUGGAAAAGUAUUUCAAGGAAUGCGUGAAGGUCUGAUCAAAUUUCCCCCAACUUACAAAUUCCAAAAGGGCGCACCAGGUCUUGGAGGGUAUGAUUCGGGUGAGAAGAAGCGGAUACCUGCUUGGUGCGAUAGAGUAUUAUAUCGUGACAGUCGUGCUGUAUCAGUAGCUGAAUGCUCACUAGAGUGCCCUGUAGUCGCUUCAAUUACAUCGUAUGUAGCUGUCAUGGAAGUCAUAGAGAGUGAUCAUAAACCUGUGAGGUGCACAUUUAGCGUUGACAUAGCACGGGUAGAUGAGUUAACAAGGAGACAGGAGUAUGGAGAAAUAAUCGAAUCAAAUGAAGAAGUGAAGGCUAUGCUUGAGGAGUCUUGUUUUGUCCCAGACACCACAGUUAGCACAGCUGAAAUUAUAUUGGAAAAUCAAGAUAAUAUUGUCUUCCAAAUUACCAAUAACGAUGAAACUAGCAAAGCAGCUUUUGAAAUCCUAUGUGAUGGCCAGUCGACCAAAAAGGAGGAUGGAACUAAAUCUGAGAUUCUUCCAAGAGCAUCAUUUGGCUUUCCACUCUGGCUUGAGGUCCAACCAGCGGUCGGUCUAAUUAAACCAGGAGAAACCAUGGAGAUUACAGUUCAUCAUGAAGACUUCUACACACAAGAAGAAUUUGUUGACGGGAUACCACAAAACUGGUGGUGUGAAGACACGAGGGACAAGGAAGCUGUUCUUACGGUAAACAUAACUGGUAGCACUUCAACUGAAACCAAGACACACAAGAUCGAUGUCCGGCAUCGCUGCCCAGUAACAUCAGCACCCCCGCCUACUAUAAAUCCACCAGUGUCAGUCGCUCCGCCAAGCAAUGUCAUCAGUGAAGCUCCAUCUAAGCGUUCUUCCAAGAAGAGCCAGACAAAAAGUCAACAACAAGACUAUGCACAGUUCGGAGGCUCGGAGGUACAUGAUUUGUGCCGCAUGCGUUGCCCCUGAGGCCUGUAGAAAGGAGUACACUCAAUAUUGCAGUUUCUGUCUAGGAGAUGUGGGUCAGAAAAGUUUUAGAUGUCUCAUAUAAACCAAGAAGGAAUGGAGUUGCUCCAGUUCUGUACAUAUGCUUCACUUACCUCUACCAGCUGCCAUUCUUUAUGUAGCCCAAACAAGGAGUCUAGAGUCAUCUCACUGCUAAAUAAGUUAACCUUUUGCUCGAAUUCCGGGAAAGUUGUCUAGUGAAUGAACAAACAGUGAUCAAUGUAACUUGUUUCGUAGAA